CUUUCCGCUGAACUCACCGUCGGAUCCAAGCAACGUUUACACCUACAAGUAAAGUGUUUGAGCGCGCGCACGCUCGUUUCAUGCCCGUCCACAAUGCUGCGGCCCUCAAACGCGUUUGUGUUAUAUACACUAACCGUGCGAUAGAAAAAACCCAGUGUUUCCUUAUCCGUCGGGAAAUUCUCAAAACACUCCGCGGCGCGCUCCACUUCACGCUUAUAGUAUUUAUCAGGA